UUAUAAUAAUAAGAAUGUGUGUAUUCCUGUAAAUAAUGUACAGGAAUACAAAAGGUCACAAAAGAAGUGAAGUGAAGUGUGGCAGUGGGAGUGCGCAUGGCUUCCUCUGUUCAUGCCUGGCUGAUGGAAAGCGACGUUAUUCUGGAAUUUUUUAUUCUGGACGGGAAAUGGGUUUGUCUCUUCUGAAACGUCAGCAUGCGUUAAGACAUAAAAGUCCGUCAGAAUGGCAGAAUCGGAGAGACUAAUGCAAAGAUGAAGUUAUUUGUUUUGACUAUGGUGUGUGUAUUUCUGCAAGUCAGUCAUCAAAAUCCAACUGGCCACUGGACUCUGCUGCCCCACAUUUUGGUCGUGGAGGCACCAUGGGACCAGAUGCCCCUGAGGUGCAUGGAGCAGCCAGCGGAGCUUGUGAGGAAAGACGCCAAGAUCGAGGAUAUUUUUUGGAGAAAGGACGGAAAUGAAAAAGAACAGAAAGGAAACACCUAUAUGCUGGAGGAAAGCUUAGGGGGCAACUUCACCUGCCACAGCAAGGAUGGAUCGCUCCUCAAUCACACUGUUGUCCUGAUCCAAGACAAUGAAACUAACCGGAGAAGAGAUGAGAAUUUGAAUUGCUCCGCUACAAAUUACAACGGAGAGUUCCUCUGCUCUUGGCCCAAACUCACUGGUCUUGGUGGCAAAGUAGCAUUUAUCAAAGCUCGACGUGUUUCUGACAACUAUGAAACCCAGUGUUCUGUGGAUAAAAGCGGUCGCCGUUGGACGUGCUCCUCAGGUCAGAGUAACUUAAUUUGUUCAGUGGACAAAAAAAAGAAAAGAAAAAGGAAGAUCUCGUGCCGGGAUGAGCAGCACUGCCCCUUCACUGAGGAGAGCCAGCAUAUCGACAUCACUGUCUACGUGUGGAGGAAGUACUUCUAUUUGGAUAACUACUCCAAACGCUUUCUCCUGUCAGAGAUAGUAAAACCUGACAAGGUGGAAAUCAGUAGAGUAAACAAUACUACGAUACAGUGGAGUUACCCGAGCUCCUGGAGCAGUCCCUACUCCUACUUCCCUCUUAGCUUCGAGAUUGCCCAGCUCAGGCGAGGAUGCGAAAGAUGCAAGGACCUGUGCGGAAACACAAAAUCAACUGAGACAUUGACAUUCAACUCUUCAGACGUUUGUCAGUUUAGGGUCACUCAACGUAGGACUAAGGUGGUCUGUGUCCGGGCUAAAGAUGCGCUCUGUGACUCACCAUGGAGCGAGUGGAGCCACAUCAGAAUGAGUUGAGGCAGGAAGAACAAGAACAACAAACGCAAGAAAAACAAACCCUGAGCUCAACAGGAAAAGAGAAUCUCCGAAACUGGACAUAUCAUUGAAUGUUUGUUAUGCUUUUUAAUUUAAUUUAAUUUCUAUUUAUCUAAUAAUUUAUCCUGUAGUUUAUAAUAUUUUAACUGAUGAGUACACAAAUAAAAUCUUUUAAUUUAAUGCAAACAAA